GGAAACCUGGAAAGUGCAGUGUGAAGUUGAAGCGUGUCGCAGAGUCACGCAGAAAAAACACAAGGAUGUUUAUUCGUCUUUUGAGUCGCUCCCUGGGUAAAUAUCGUGUGUCAGGACGUCAAUUCACUUCCGCCUCCUUCUACGAUGAGGUCUACGAGAAGACAAAGCUCAAAUACAAGUCCAAGAAAUUGCCAAAAGAUGUAAACUCCCGAGGAGUAUUUGCUUGCAAUGAAUUGGACCUUGGAGAAGUGCAAGUGUACGGCUUUGACUACGAUUACACUCUGGCGUGCUACAAACCGUCCCUGGACUAUCUACUCUAUGACCUGGGCCGGGGGCGACUCAUAGACGAAUACAAGUAUCCAGCUGGAAUUCAGAGUCUUCCAUAUCGCCCGGACUUUACCAUCCGUGGUCUGCACUAUGACAUUGAGCAGGGUUUGCUCAUGAAAUUGGAUUCCUUCCUACAGAUCCAAUUGGGAACGGUCUAUCGUGGUUUGACUCCCCUCUCAGAUACCGAAGUGCUAAAAAUCUACAAGAAUCGCAUCUUGUCAAUUGCCUACGUGGAGGGUAACUCCAAACUCACCGAUGAUCGUCCUAAAAUGAUGCAGCUGGCAGAUCUGUUUUCUGUGCCCGAGAUGUGUUUACUCUGCAAUGUGGCUGAGUAUUUCGAGAGGAAUCAUAUUGAUUACCAUCCAGAAAUACUCUUUCGUGACGUGAAGAAUUCCAUAAGAGUCUCCCAUGGGCUUAUGCAUGGUAUUGUGAUGAAGAAUGUGGAGGAGUACGUUGAAACAAAUCCGGAGCUGGCCAUUUUCUUUGAGCGUCUCGUGUCAGCUGGAAAGAAACUCUUCCUAGUCACCAAUAGUCCCUUCAAGUUUGUCAAUACAGGCAUGAAGGCACUGAUUGGGGCUGAAUGGAAGGACUUUUUUGACGUGGUGAUUGUUCAGGCGCGUAAACCGCGGUUUUUCACGGACACUACUCGGCCCUUCAGGCUGCUGGACGAGAAGACGGGAACACAUGCGUGGGAUCGAGUGUCGAAGCUGGAGAAGGGCCGGGUGUACUAUGAGGGCACUGUGAAGCAACUGCAGGAAUUGACAGGGUGGAAUGGGCACCAAGUGCUUUAUUUCGGGGAUCAUCCGUACAGCGAUCUGGCAGAUGUGACAUUGGAGCAUGGUUGGCGUACUGGUGCCAUAAUCAGUGAGCUGACGCAUGAAAUUGAGACUCUCAAUAAACCCGAUUUCAAGCAGAAUGCCAAUUGGCUGCAGAUGCUGACACAGUUGAUUGAGGAUCAUCAGGACAGGGAGACUCCCGAGGCUAAAAAAGCCCUCAGACGAUGGAUGGAUGAACGUGAUCAGCUCCGGAAUGAUAUUAAAAUAAUCUUCAAUAAGCAGUUCGGCUCAGUCUUCCGCACAUACAACAAUCCCACGUAUUUCUCCAGGAGACUCUUCCGCUUCUCCGACAUCUACACUUCCAAUGUGACGAAUCUGCUCCACUAUGGCGUGGAUCAUACUUUUUAUCCUCGAAGAGGGGUCAUGCCCCACGAAUAUAUCUCGUAUUUUAUGUAAAGAAAAAAGGAUCAUAUCCUCACCAAAAAAAGUAGCUCUCUAUAUUACUAUGUUGAUAUUGAUCGACAAUAAUUGCUUUAUAUAUUUUUGAUAGCAGAUUUUAGGCUAUUCCCCACCUCUGCAUGAGAUUUUUUUCGAGUAUUUUGCUAAGUAUUUUUUGCUUCUUUUUGUAAAUAAAGUGCAACUUUGUGAGA